AUGCAUCUGCCAGACACGACGCUGGCCCGUGCCGUGUGUUCGUAUCGCAGACCGGGUCAAUCAUGCACAUUCCCUUUUGAUGCAUCGAGAACGCCGGCAGAAAGAGAGACCUCUAUUGAUCCGAAAUCCGAGAACCGAAGUUGGUAUGGCAGGUAUCAAAUCACUCAUCGUCGAGACUGCCGAGCGCAGCUCGGCUUCAAAAGCCGUCUAGCUCCUUUUCGGUGUGGAGGCAAAGCGACUUUUUUUGGAUCUAAGCGAGCUUUGCCAAAUCGCAAAUUCUGGCAUGUUGACCCUUACAAAAUCUUGCCAACAAAUUCCCGGGAAUGUAAUCAAGAUUGA